AUCUUGCCAAUUUGUGAUGGGAGAGGUCCAAAGACAUGGUACCUGGGCUCGCAGACCGCACUGAAGCCAAUAAUCACUACAAGGAGUCAGGAUGCCCACUGGCGAGCUUUGCUCUCAAUCUGAUGCUGCGAUAGAUGUCCAAGCUCACAGUGAUUCCUUCUUCGAAUACCUCAAGAACACCGACACACUCCUCGACGGCUACAGGCGAAAUGCAGACAAACGAGUAAAGAUUGCGAUUAUUGAUAGCGGGGUCGAUACGCAGCAUCCCCACAUUAUACAACUACAAGCAGAAGCUGAAGGCUGGCGAAGACUGAGGACUGCAAGUUUUGUUAGCUCUGUGGAAGAGGGGCAGGACUAUGUUGGCCAUGGAACUCACAUCGUUGCGACAGUGAUGCGCAUUGCGAAAUGGGCUGAAAUAUAUGUCGCAACGGUUGUCGAUGCGCAGGGGACUGUCAAUGUCCGUAGCGUUGCCAAGGCUUUGACACAUGCAGUUCGAGAAUGGAAAGUCAAUAUUGUAUCCCUGUCACUUGGGUUUGAUAGACGAGUACAACGUAUUGAUGCCGCACUUCGGGAAGCAGACCAGCAAAAUAUUCUGGUCUUUGCUGCUGUGUCCAACCAUGGUGCUGCGGCGCUCAGGCAGGUCGCUUGGCCUGCCUCAAUGACAAAAGUCUUUGGCAUAAAUUCGGCUAAUUUUGAUGGAGUCACUUCUUCGUUCAACCCGCCAGAGAAUGAUAACGAUUCAUUCUCACGUUACAAAUUAUUGGGAGAGGGAAUCCGGUCAGCAUGGCCGCUGCACCUCGAGGAGGGCGAAGAAAAAGUCUUGUCGGGAACCUCCAUGGCCACUCCAAUCGCUGCCGCUACUGCUUCACUGUUCAUCGAGUUCAUGAGACAGAAUCGUUUUGACGAGGAGGCAACAGCUGACGCGGAGCUCAUAACGACUCCAGAUGGAAUGAAAGAAAUCUUCCAUCUGAUUGGUAAUGCCAAGUCGAAGGGAGAUUACUUUAAAUAUGUCACUCCAUGGCAUCUUCUGAGUUCUGUUGGCAGUGACACUGUCAAGGUUGACAGAAUAUGUGCCUUAGGACGUAUCCAUGAAGUACUACAGAGUCUUCGAAUGUAUAGUUCCGAAGGGCAGGACUCAGCGAGCGAUACUUCUGGAGAGCCACCAGUUUUCACAUCCGCUAGCAAGCUCGCGCCAUACACUAAUAAGUUCGCGCCAUAUGAUAUUCCUGUCUCAGCUCUUCAUCAAAUAGAUGACCCGAGUGCUCCGAGAAAGCCUUCCAGGCUAAGUCAUAAGUUACAGGACGCCGAACAAGCUCGACAUGAAGCGAGCCGCAGAACUGUCACUAAUGCUGGUAAUAAUCAACAACAAACUGAAGACACAAGAAGAGCAGUCUCCCAAGGACACGUACCAUGGUCAGGUGACCUAACUCCUCCAUCAUCUUCACAGCGAGUUGCUGUCAAUCAAUUCAACCCAUUCACCGGAUAUACCUCAUAUCCACCCGCCUUCAACCCAUUUCGUCACGUACCAGCAGGGGACUUCAUGAACUAUGCACGUACACCGCCAGUCAAUAUUCCGUAUAGGCCAUACUCGACCCCUGUUCCUCAAGCAUCCCUUGGCAGACCCCCUGGAUCUCGUCGAAACACACAAGAAACCUUUCCAAGCUCCCGACCCUCUUCUGCACACCGUCGGGUACGACACAGCAGAGACAACGUAGCUUAUGCUUCUUCAACUCCUAGUGUUCCAACUAGAAUGUUGACUACUAAAGAUUUGGAGGUUCAGGAGCAAAGACAACUUCCACAAUUGACUGCCGAAAGCUUGCUAGCUAAAGAGAGAUUGGAACAGGACAGCGAUACGGAAGAUACAAGCGAGGAGGCCGACGAGGACGAAUCCAUCACUAUCAGAGUCACAGGUCAAGCCAGGAUAAUGGUAGGCGGAACCAUGAUUGAAGGCACGGAUGGCGAGUUACUCCAGAUUCGGAAUCGGAGACCAAAGUCUUCCACUGAGUAGAACGCUGUAGCUAGCGCUCUUGUACACAUCCAUGCAUGUGCGAACGAGCAUUCUGGAAAGUUCAAGAAAGUGGAUGAGAUGAAUGACACCAUAUAUGCUUUUGUGUUAUUGAGAUUCGAUUCAUUCAUGGCCCGCAUCUGAUCUGAUGCAAAUGUACUACAAGAUGUUAAAGACACUAACAACUCAACACCUCACGUUAAUGCACACUUGACUUCCACAGAUACCUGAUUAGG